AUUGAUGAUGCAGCGAUUGGAGGUGGAAGAAGAAGAAUCCCAAGAGGAGGAGGAUUAUGAGAUUGUGAUGUUCCGCCGAGAUGGCACGGUCGUAACUUUGGCUCCUUCGACGAUACCACUUAUCCGGCCAUGCGUUACACGUUUGGACACAUCCCAAAAUCAAGUUUUGUUGGCUGCGACAGCGGAUUGCAGAUCUUCUCAAUCAAACUCCUCCUCCGCAACACCAGCACAACAGACCAUCAGCUCCAGUGGCCACUUCAUGUCUAUGGCCUCGUCGUUACCAGGGACUCUCUUGAUCCUAGGCGCAACCUUCUCUUUAAUCGCACUAGAGACAACUGCCAAAUCCUUACUCAACAGGAUCCCUUUCUAGUGCUAACAGGACCGUCUCGCGCAAUUGUCUUAAUUGAUCCUGUUCAAUUUGAGGUUCAGCUCAAAGCAAAGUCCAAUAACAACACCCUGCAUGAUCAUCCUGACCAAGAUCAAAUUGUUAACUUUGGAGUGGUGAAUUCUGGCUAUCUUCCGGGCCCAACGAGUCAUUGCAUCGGCAAGCGAAGUGAGGUCGAGUUCGCAAUCUCAGUGCUUGAUCGGUCAAUUGAGGCCACUAUCAUCAGUGCUGAUCGGUCGAGUUCGCAAUCGUCAUGGCCGGAUCAUCUCCAAGGAAGGCUUAUUUCCCGUACGGCCAGCACAAUUCAUCAAGAAAUCGUGUUACUUGAUUCUCAAAAACAACAAGAUGGAAAAAUGCCUAUCGAUGAUGACGGCUUCAUUCAGCUUUCAAGGCGUGUUGUUUCGGUAGAACUGGCUGGCCAACUCAUAGUUCAAGUGCUGGCUUUCAAUUCCCAGCAGCAAGUAGUUGACAAUGACAACGACAACAAGAAGGAUGAGAUUGUUGCAAAACACGAGAUUGUUUUUGAUCCUAAGGAAGCUUCAUUGAGUGUGGAGACGUGUGAGCUACAACUAGGAGGAGGAGGAGGAGGAGGAGGAGGCCCAUGUAAGCUUCAAAUCUCUGUUGCUUGGUCUCUGGUCGAUAGGCUUCCCCCUGUUGGCUAUUUCUAACUUACCCAUUUCGAUCGCUGCCA